UUUUUAAGGAAAAUGGUCGCUGGGCAGAAUUAGGCAGUUAAUAUACAGGGAUAAGUGCUUUUCAUUUUCUUGAUUUCUAGGGAGAAUUCUAUUCCGUUAUUAUAGUUAAAUCAUUUGAUGGAUCCGCUUUUCUAACGUGAAAAAUUGAAUUACAAUUUGUUCUGAUGAGAGGGCCUUUGUGCAUCUAACAAAAUCCCAAUGGGGAAUUUUCCAACUUUGACUUUUCUCGUUCAUAAAACCUAAAUUAUUGCAUAGAACAUCCGGAUCCAGUCAGUUUAUCCUUUUGGUGCCUUCAUUGCCAUAACUUCCUUUUUUUUAUGGAUACAUGGCGAUCAGUCCUUCACUUAGCCCACUUUUUAAGCUGAUUUUUGCAUGAUUGCUUUUGUAAUUUUACAGUUCUCUCAAAACGGGGAAAGCCUGCGUCAAGUGUAAGUAAAAGCAUGGGCGUUCUUGAUCUCUCUGGCAAGGACAAAUCUGCCAAGCCGCCCAGAAGGUUGUCUAUUCCUGCCAAGUCAGUGGUCACUCCAGCUGCAAAACCAGCUUUGAACAUCACUCCAAUCUCUGAGGCUAGAACAAAGAGAUCCACUAACAAUCAGGGGAAAAGUGAGACACCUCUUUCUGAUGUUUCCAGGACAGCAAGCCGAAAGAGGUUCAACACGCUCGCUUCAGCUUCAUAUUGGCUAUCGCAAAUUAAGCUCUCUGAAUCUGCUGUUAAGCACUCAAUUUCUCUUGGUUUUUUCAAGCUUGCUUUGGAAGCUGGAUGUGAGCCUCUCCAACGUAUGAGGGAUGAGCUUAAAUCAUAUGUGCAACGUCAUGAUCAUGAACUUGGUGAAAUUGGGGAAUCUGUGAAAGAAUUAUUUGAGAGCUAUGGUAUUGCGGACAAUCAAGAGCAGGUGCAGGUUUCUGAAUCCUGUUCUCAAGUACCUGAAGAGGGAACUCGAUCAUCUGAUGAUGAAGUCCUCAGCUCCUCCUCAAUGGGAAAUAGGAAACUGACGCCUAGGUCUUUAAAUGCUGAUGCUGCUCAAGCUUCCAAAGUCACAGAAUCAGCCAAGAAGGUCACACAGAAGAAUACUACUGCACCUAGGUCCAGGGCAUCUCAGAACAAGAACACUGCGAAUUCAAGAUCUGCUUCAGGAACUGCUGGUCAGAAGCUGCAGAGGAAACCCCAGAGGCCAGUUAAGGACAAAAUCAAGCAGGGAAAGAAAUCUGCUACUGAAGAAGCAGGUCCAAUAAGCCCACCUGCCAAUGGCGAUACACCCGAAGAAAACAAAGAAAAUCUGGAUGCUCCGCCAAUGGAGAUCAGUCUGACAGAAAUCAGCUAGACAGUUCUGCAGCAAAACAUACUCAAUCAUAUCAUUCUCGUACUCUUUGUGGGUCUUCAGUUUUUUUUUUUUUUACCAAGUGAGGGCUUUUCAGGAGACAAUAGUUCAAGAUGAAGAUAGUGUUUUUCAGUCUGGUGUGAGAUCGAGACAAUUUCAUUUGUUUUUUAUGUCUGUUUAAUGAUUAAUGUGCAUCGCAUUGGCGUUUAGUACUAUAAAUUUACUGGUCAAACAAAUUGUAUCUGACGAAUUUAUUAUAUACUUAUUUUUGGCUUAA